ACCUUUUAUUUUUGGCAGCCUAGAAAUGUCUAUGCGGUAAAUAAUUGUGCACAAAUUUACGCAACAAAUAUAAGUAGGAAAGCGGAGUUGAGUUUUUAAUAAAUAUCAUUUUAAGCAAAUGGCCACAGCAGUAAAAUUAGGCAAGGGCCUGCAAAGACUAUUCGUGGGAAAUCUACCUUGGACGGUGGGUCAUCAAGAACUGCGGUCAUAUUUCAAGGAAUUCGGUCGUGUAAUAUCCGCAAACGUAAUUUUCGAUAAGAAAACAGGCUGUUCACGUGGAUACGGUUUUGUGGUGUUCAAUGAUAUCACGCCAAUUGAGAAAAUUGAAAGUGAACAAAAACACGUGCUUGAGGGCAAUUAUUUAAACAUUCAGAAAUCUUAAAAUAUAAAUCUCUAUAUAAAGCAUUAUACUUAAGUCUUUAUGUAGUAUACGGAUCCCGAAGUCUUAAAGAAACAAACACAAUAAAAAACUAG